AUGGAAUACUUUGGGCAGAUCUCCAUCGGGACCCCCCCCCAGAACUUCACCGUGGUCUUUGACACCGGCUCCUCCAACCUCUGGGUGCCUUCUGUCUACUGCGUCAGCAGAGCCUGUGCCGAGCACGCCAAGUUCCAGCCGUCACAAUCCAGCACGUACCAGCUGGUGGGGACACCCUUCUCCAUCCAGUACGGCACCGGCAGCUUGACGGGGGUCAUCGGAUCCGACCAAGUGGUCGUGUCACCUUUGGUUCCUCCUGCCCUGCACAGCAUCCCUGGGGCUUGCCCAUAGCCUCAGCAUCAGCACUGCACCUCCUGCCUGCAGGUCGAGGGCCUCAUCGUGAGCAACCAGCAGUUUGCAGAGAGCGUCAGCGAGCCGGGAAAAGCCUUUGUGGAUGCUGCAUUCGAUGGGAUCCUGGGGCUGGCCUAUCCCUCGCUGGCCGUGGGGGGUGUCACCCCCGUCUUCGACAACAUGAUGGCUCAGAACCUGGUGGAGCUGCCCAUGUUCUCCGUCUACCUGAGCACGAACCCGGAAUCAUCCCUGGGAGGGGAGCUGCUCUUUGGUGGCUUCGAUCCCUCCCGCUUCACAGGGACCCUCAACUGGGUGCCAGUCACCCAGCAAGGGUACUGGCAGAUCCAGCUGGACAACGUCCAGCUCGGGGGGGCAGUGACGUUCUGCACCAGCGGGUGCCAGGCCAUUGUGGACACGGGCACGUCGCUCAUCACGGGUCCCACCAAGGAUAUAAAGGAAUUGCAGAGCUUUAUUGGUGCCACUCCUGUGGAUGGGGAGUACGCUGUGGAGUGCAGCAACCUCAGCGUGAUGCCGAAUGUGACCUUCACCAUCAACGGGCUGCCCUACACACUCAGCGCCCAGGCCUACACCCUCAUGGAAUACAGUGAUGGAAUGGCCUUCUGCACCAGCGGCUUCCAGGGCAUGGACGUCCCCCCUCCCGCAGGGCCCCUCUGGAUUUUGGGUGAUGUCUUCAUCCGCCAGUUUUACUCCGUCUUUGACCGUGGGAACAAUCGAGUGGGGCUGGCACCUGCUGUCCCCUAAGGCUGAGCAUCCCUGGGGCAGGAUGGGAGCGGAGCCUCAGCAGGGCAGGGGCUAUCAGUGAGGCUGGAGGUGAUGAAGGCACCAGGGGUGCAGCUGGAGAGCACAGCAAAGGUUCCUUGCACACUGGAAACACCUUCAGCAUCGCUGUGAUCUACUUUGUGGCUUCUC